AUGGCAGCAACAGCUAUUCUUCUGAAACCUACAACUCCGCCAGACUACCAUAGGAUCGUAUCGUCACAGCUUGUCGUCCCUACUGACACGAGCGUUUCAGUCCCAGUUGGGCUUCUUGCUUGUCAACGAGACCCGCUGCAGCGAACUCUGGUCACGUCCGUUGUACAGGCCACCUUAUCCAACUCCACAUCUGGCAAGGAUAAGAAUAAAACUGGGAAGAAGGCUGUGAUCGCCCCUGCCCUCCCACCUGGGCCAAUCCUCGAGCUCGUCCUUCAUGACACAGUCAUCUUCCCCGAAGGAGGAGGUCAGCCUACCGAUACGGGCAAGAUAUUGGUUGAAGGAAGGGACAAGCUCUGGAGCGUACUGCAAGCCAAGCGCCAGGGAGGUCACGCUGUGCACUAUGUCGAGAUACCUGGUGGAGAUGUUGACGGGGUGUUGCAAACCUUUAAGCCGGGCACGACAGUGACGGUAACUCUUGACGAUCAAGAUUAUAACAAGCGCUAUGACCAUAUGUCAAUGCACACGUCCCAGCACUUGCUUUCUGCACUGCUGGAGACUCGCUUGAACCUUCCAACACUUUCAUGGUCUUUGACGAGUUAUCCAGCCCCAUGCUAUGUCGAAGUCCCUCGUGGCCUCACUUCAGACGAGAUUUUGGCCGUCCAGAACGAAGCCAACCGUCUGGUAUUCGAAGGCCGACGCGUACAUGUUGAGGUUGAUGUACUCGAGGAAAGCCAGCCGCGACCUACAGACCCUGCUAACUCGCGGUCCGUUGGGAAAGGGCUUCCAGACGAUUACACCGGGGGCGUCAAACGUAUCGUGGUAAUUGAAGGAGUUGAUAGGAACCCAUGUUGUGGUACCCAUCUGCCGAGCAUCCACAACCUUCAACUCUUCCUUCUUCCCCACACCGAAGCGCUGUCUAGAUCUUCUACGACCUCGGCGAGGUUGUAUUUCCUUGCGGGCCCUCGUCUCAUAGAUCACCUUGCGAAAAGUCACGGUCUAUUAACACAGUCCGCUGCCUUGCUAAGUUGCGGUGCACCUCUGCUCCCCGAACGCCUAGGUCAGGUUAUAGAUGACCGGAAGAGGGCAGAUAAGCGUGUUGGAGAACUUGAAAUUGAACUGGCUGGGCGUAUCGCACAAGACCUGGUGCAGAAACUGGCAAGUGAAAAAGCGUACAAGAGUGUAUUCUCUCAUCACUUGCACAGGACGGAGGAUUCAGCCAACCCUCUCGGCUUCCUUUCCUCCAUCGCUACAUCUGUUCUCUCCACUGCGACAGCGAGCAACCUCCACUCAACUCCCUUCGUUUUCGUUCUGACGUCCUCUCCUUCGAGUCAAACCAGCACGAGCGUCACAACGGUUCUUGUUACAAGCUCCAAUGGUGAUCUCGUCAAAUCCACAGGAGACCUCCUCAAAGCUGGUCUGGGUGUCAAAGGCGGAGGUAAAGGGACAAAAUGGAGUGGAAAGUACAUUGGAGUAUGGAAGGAAACAAAGGAAGGCAAGGUUGUAGCAGAAAUCCUCCAAGGCUUAAAGCAAUAA